AUUCAUAAGGUAACUCUUAAACAGAUCAAACAUUCAUUGUGCUCUUAGUGGAAACAAAAUCUGGUGACACCAAGCAUGGACGUCAAAUAUUUCGUGUACAUCGUUUUAAUUCUGCACAGAAAUUUAAGCCCCGUAGUCGGAGCGGAAGGUGCGGACAUAUACAGAAUGACGGAUAGCAUAUUUACUUGCAGCAAGUGGCUAUCGUCUAUAAUAGAUAAUUUCUGCAAUAACGUGUUCAAAAUUGUAAAGAGAGAUACUUCAGUAAUGUUGGGGAAACUAACACCGACAGGUUUGCAGAGAAGUGCGAAUAAAAAGCGGUUACUGGCAGAGAAACGGUUACUGCGCGUGCGCAGGCAAGUCGCGAGGGAAUGCUGUGAGCGGCCCUGCACCGUCAGCACGAUCAUCAUGUACUGCCCAGACGACGCGAGAUUAUUACAAGAGAAUCCAGAUAUAUUCUACUAAAUAAUCGUAUACAUGAUGUUUAUUGGUAAUUCUGGGCACGGCAAGCAGUUCGGACUUCGCAGGAUGCCCUGAAAAGCGGUUCUGAAUUGAAACUAGAUGGAUGAUUUUCAGUGGCAAUGUCUACGGAAAACAUGGGAUUCUUCUGCCAGAAUUUGGAGAACAGUUGCUUCUUUAAUGUACGGCGGCACAUAAGGGACUUCACGGUGACACAUGAGAGUUGGUUAUGUUAUUUAUUUAUUAAAUUCUUAGAAAUUAAGGAAAACAGUAAUUCACUAAGAGCACAUAUGACAAUAAAAGUAAUUCACACUAUCCUUUGUUUUAUUUCCUCCUUAAGUAUAAGAAAUGACUUCAGAUAUAGGUACUAAUUCGCUUUCCUAACAUUA